AUGGUUGUUACUAAACAGUUUAUCGUCACUUUUAUAGCCGUGCUUGGAUCUAUCAUUGCCUUUUAUGGACGAGCUCCAUUAUGGCACGCUAGCCUUUCUCAUGGACCGAGUCGCGGUCAAAUCGUCUCUCGAGAGGCUCCCCUGUUGUUCGACGACGAUACGCACAAUGAAUCCAGCUUCGAGGGCCAUAAUAUCUCCCGACUUGCUUUGGCUCUAGACUGGGAUUCUCUGCGUGCGAAAGGGGCAAAACAAAACUGUUUCUAUCCGAUGACAAUUGCGGAACUGGACAAGGCGCAGAGAUGGCCAAACGAACCCAAUUUCGGGUAUCCUAGGACUUCUCAAAGUGAAUUCAAGGAGUAUGGAGAAAUGAAGCGGAAUGGUUGGACCGCUGAAGACAUUCUAGACCGCGAGUCUGCUCAGAUUUCAGACCCGUUUCGGAAGAAGUACGAUCGCCCCUUCCAAGAGUUCGGGAUUUCAGGAGAUGCAAGUGCUUGGCAAGUCGUCUACACUAUACACGGUGAAGACGUGACUAUUUUCAAAAAUGGGAAGACCCUUCAAUUUUCAGCUAGCUAUGCUGAGUCCCAAGUCAUGAUCAAUUGCGCUGAUCGUGCCCUUGUCGUGUGGUCCUUCGAUAGUCCCCGUGGGAUGGGAAAGGAGCCACCACCCCUAGGACUGAUGUCGGAUGUAAUGUUCCUUGAAUACAAGAGAGUGUGUCUUGACCGGGGACACAACCAACCCCUGAAGACCGUGAUUAUCGAUUCGGUCAUCAACCGUCCUACCAUCGAUGUCCUGGAAAAGAUCCUUGGGUCCAGCAACGAGCCUACCCCCUGGCCUGGCUUACGGCAUCGAUAUGACGAUGCCAACCCGGACAACAAGGAGAAGUUCCUCGUACUUCAGGGUGUGCCAGUUUCUAUGGUCUGGGGCUGGUUCUUGAAUCAACAUAAAGAGCAGCUCGGCCUGAGAAGAAUUUCCGCCAUCACUAUCUUUGGGUUACAAGGAGAGAUCCAUAUUCUUUACCGAAUGGAAGAUGCCGAUUCAGGGCCACAAUGCAGUUUUACACCAAGUGGAUCUGGAAGUGGUGGCAGACGCCUUCGACCUCGACAAAAUUCUCCUACGGAAUUCCUUGACGCGGUAGAGCGAGGCCAGAAUUUGGAAGCCCUCUUUUCCAAGUCCAACGACCAACUGAAUAAAGGCUGUCGGUGGCCCGAGGACCCAGCGUUUGGCGAUGCCACAGGUGCCCAAAGUCCCUUUUCGGACCCCAACGACCUGUUCAAAUAUGGGUGGAACGUACGAGAAUCGACCGGAGACAAGAGAUUUUUGGACAUUGUCGACAAAUACGUCCCCAUAGUCUCCGACCUUGGCUUAUCAGCCCGUUUGACUGCCCCUCCGUGGGAAGGGUCCAAUAUUAAGCAAGACGCACCUGCUAAAGUGAAGUCCAAAGACGGAUCUGACGAGAUCUUGUUUCAACCAACCGGUGCAUCAUGGAGGGCGACUCACAAUGUGGACAUCGGCGUCCUCAUCAUCUCCAACGUCUACACUACAGAGUUCGUCACAAGGGGGACCCGCGAAGGUCGAGCAAUGGUCCCACUCCGAGAGAAGUACGACCUAGCUUUCCUGGAAUGGGAACGAGCCAUCCAGUAUCGGAAAAAGGAAACCAGGAGCCUAGCAUACAUUUUCGACGCCGGUAUCAAAACAGCGACUACCAAGAACAUCACUCAACAGUGCUUGAAAUCAGUCGGGAGGAAUGAAUUUCCUCCGUGGCCAGGUUCCGGGUUUUGGCCUGAAAAUGAGGCUCGACCAACGACUCUCGAGCAGUGUGAAGAGAGUGUUCGAGAGACUUACUAA